GUGCUUUUGAUUGGAGCAACAAAUCUGCCACAGAAAUUGGACUCAGCAGCAAGAAGAAGAUUCACAUCCAGACUCAUGAUCCCACUUCCAGAUGCAGAGGCGAGAAGAGCACUCAUGGCACAUGACAUUAAAAAUGACAAUCACAGCAUUGAUGAGGAUGGUAUGUCCAUGAUUGUGAAGAAGACUGAGGGGUAUAGCGGGGCAGACCUCCACACUGUUCUGAAGGAUGCUGCGAAAGCCCCAAUCAGGGAGCUUACCUCUUUGCAGCUCAGGACCAUUCCUCUCAACAAGAUUAGACCGUUUACCGUUGAUGACGUGUUGGAAGUAUUAAAGAAAAGAAAGCCCUCUGUGGCGGCCAAGGAUAUGACGGAGGUCUAUGCUUUUCAAAAAAUGUACGGUACCGCCUUGAAGAAGGCAACAUGACGUGACCCC